AUGAGCUCAUGUACACCUCGUCCCCGCUUCAGAUAUCGCUCCCAGACUUCCGCCGAUUAUGCAUCUUCAAGGGAAUCUACCCCCCGUGAGCCGCGCAACAAGAAGAAGGUUUCCAAGGGCUCCACUGCCGCUACAACCUUUUACUACACAAAGGACAUUCAGUACCUGCUCCAUGAGCCGCUACUGGCAAAGUUCCGCGAGCACAAGGCCGUCGCAAAGAAGAUUGGUCGCGCCCUCGGUCGCGGCGAAUCUGGUGAUGCCUCGCGCCUUGAGAAGAACCUCAUGCCCAAGGUCAAGCUUGAUCACAUCAUCAAGGAGCGCUACCCUACCUUUGUUGACGCUCUGCGCGAUCUCGACGAUGCCCUCUCCAUGCUGUUCCUCUUCGCCAACCUUCCCUCGAGCGACCACAUCCCCGCAAAGACCAUCGCCCUCUGCCAGCGAUUGACGCGCGAGUUCGAACACUACGUCAUCACUUCCCAUUCCCUCCGCAAGUCUUUCCUCUCCAUCAAGGGUAUCUACUACCAGGCCACCAUUCAAGGCCAGGACAUCCUUUGGCUGGUGCCAUAUAGGUUCGUGCAGCGAACAGGCGGCGACAUUGAUUUCAGGAUCAUGGGCACAUUUGUCGAGUUCUACACUACUCUUCUUGGCUUCGUCAACUACCGCCUCUACACUUCAAUUGGCCUAGUAUACCCUCCCAAGUUCAACGCAAGGAGCGACGAGCAAGGUGGUGAGCUGGCUGCGUUCCAGCUCGAGGGCAAAGCUACCGCGACAAACGGCGCAUCGAAUGGCCACGCUGAGGAUGCUGAGAUCAACCCCGAGGCACAGGCCAUUGCAGACAGGAUUGGAGCUAUGCCCGAUGUUGAGGAAGAGGAAGCGACCACAGCGGUAGCCAAGACUGGUGCCGAAGACGAUGAGGAGGAGGCCAAUGAGGAGAUUGACAAGUUCGAGCCCACUGCACCCGACGCCGACAUCCUACCUCAGCCCCAAGCAAGCAGCGCCGAGGUUGCCUCUUUGUUCGCACCCUUCACCUUUUACCUGUCGCGAGAGACACCCAGAGGCUCGCUUGAGUUUAUACUCAAGGCUUUCGGCUGCAAGAGAGUGGGUUGGGAUGGCGUUUUAGGUGACGGUGCCUUUACGACAAACGAAUCCGACCCCGCCAUUACACAUCAAAUUGUUGAUCGACCAGCCCUGUCCAAUGGUGCACCGGCUUCCAACGUUCAGGAGACUGAAAAUGGUGGAGCUGCUGCUCCCAAGGCUCAAUGGCCCUACUCCAUGAUGCCUGGUCGCACCUAUGUCCAGCCUCAGUGGGUCUGGGAUAGCAUCAACCAGGGCAAGCUUUUGCGAGCAGACCACUACUCUCCCGGCGCCGAUUUGCCGCCACACUUGAGCCCAUGGGUUAAGCCCAAGAAGGGCGAAUACGACCCUAACCUGCCCCUCGCAGCCCAACAGCCAGAGGGUGAGGCCGAGGCAUUUGAAGAUGAAGGCGAUGAGGAGACAGCAUUCGAUGUUGACGGAGAUGAGGAUAUGGAGGCCAUCGUUGACCGCGAAGGCUCUGUUGAAGUUGGCGAGGGAAUGGAUGUCGCUGACGAUUCCGAAGACGACAGCGACGAUGAUGAGUCGGAUGAGGAAGAUGGACCCGCUGGUGAUGAGGACGAUCUCGACUCUGAUGCCGAAUCCGACAUCUCAGAAGGAGAAGCUGCUCGUCUCCAACAUCAACGCGAACUUGAGGCUGAAGCUACCGGCAAGAAGCUUGAGGUCAAGAAGCCGACCAGGAAAGAGGAGAACGCGACCAUUCGCAAGAAGGCCGAAAAGAAGAAGCGCGCAGAAGAGGAGGAGCGUGAGAGGCAAAAGAUGAUGUUGUCCAACAAGAAGCGCAAGCUACUCAAGCGUAUUGAAUACGGCGAGAACAAGCGCGACAACGAGUCUGAGAAUCUGCGAAGGAAGCGCGCGAGGGUGGAAAAGGCAAAAGCCGCUGCUGAAGCUGUCUAA